UGUUCCAAGUUGGAAUGGACCCCAGUGAUUAUUGAGUCCAACUUCCAGCUCCAUACUGGACCACCUAAAAAUCAGGGGAUCUCAAGUGCAAAAAGGGCAACAAAAAUGUCUUUUUAAGGGUUUUUUGAAGCCAGCAACAGUGCUGCACUUGUGCUGGGGGGCUGGCAGCUUGUGGGCGGGCUGCUGAGUGAGCAGGGGUGGAGCUGGCACAUUAGCAGCACAGUUUAAACACCCUAUGAACGUGUCAUCACCUGCCCUUGACCUUGGCACCUGGUGAUAAGCUUUAAAUAGCCUCGGGGAGCACAGUGCACACCAGUCAUUUACCACGGCGAAGGCAAGUCCAGCCCACAAACCUUCCAAGUACCACAAGCCUACAAGCUGCAAGGGGAGCUAAAGCCACCUUACACAGCUGAAGUGAUCUGCUCUACAAGCUGGAAGAUCGGAGGCUAAAUAACAUGAUAUGCAGAUUUUUCCCUUGUGUGCUGGCUUUAUUGCAUUUCUGCCUUCUUUCUGGCUCCUAUCAACCGGAGACGUUGCCUGAUAUUGGAGAUGCAGAGUUUAUUGAGGAAUGUGUGAGAACGCACAACAGAUUACGGUCUGGAGUGAAGCCCCCAGCCAGCAACAUGCUGUACAUGAGUUGGGACCCAGACUUGGCAAAGACUGCGAGAGGUUGGGCAAAGAGAUGCGAGUUCAGACAUAACAUAUACCUUCAAGAGCCAGGGCAGGCUCACCCCAGAUUUACCCCUGUUGGAGAAAAUCUCUGGACUGGCUCACUUUCUAUGUUUUCUGUGCAAAACGCCAUCACUUCUUGGUACAACGAGGUCACAGACUAUGAAUAUAACGACAAUAGCUGUAGAAAAGUAUGUGGCCAUUACACACAGGUCGUUUGGGCUCAGAGCUACAAGGUUGGCUGUGCUGUUCACUUCUGUCCUACAGUGUCAUACUUCUCAGGAAGGAACGCAGCACAUUUCGUCUGCAACUAUGGGCCAGCUGGGAAUUACAGACGGCACCCAUACGAGAUGGGAGCAGCGUGCAGCAAAUGCAAUGGCGAGCAGUGCACUGACAACCUGUGUCGAAACACUGAGCGUGACAAAGUCAUUAGUGACUCCAGGUGGCACCCAGCCUGGGACAGACCUGCCUGUGAUGAGUUCUGCAUCUCCGUGGUUGUUUUAAGGCCGUUACUACUAAUUCUGACAAUCGUAGCUGCUUGGAUCCUACCCAAAUACUGGUCCAUAGAACCUGCCACCAAGUAGUGCACAGGAGGCUAAGCCAGCACUGAGGUUGGUUCAUCCCCUCCCUGUGCUUAAGCUACUGGCAGUACUGAGAUGAAUGGAGAUCAUGAAAUACAGAAAUACCAUCUCCAUUGCAUGGAGGAGCUGGGAAAGCUGCUGAGGUGUCUUCUCAUUGUUCAGAAUCAAUCAGCUGGUUUUAAAUUACCUGCUUAUUUUUCCAAAGUGGAGCACUGUGGCAGAGAUCGGUACAGCAUGGAACAGCUCACCACACUUCCCAGGGAGGGGAAUGGGGGGGUGUCUGCAGCCCAGCAGAGCAGACUUCUCUCUCCACAUGUACUCCUCCAGUGAGAUGCAGCAGUGUGGGUUUGGGUAGCCUGGAGAGAUUUUCUUUUGUCAUUUAUAGCUUUUUUUCCCCCAAGAAAUUUUUGGGCACAGGUGAGUUCUGGCAUGUGCAUCCCACAGCAGGUAGUGCAUUUCUCUGUAUCGCAGAGCACAGGAACCACUGGCAUUUCUCUGCUUAGAAUCUGUUUUCAAACACACACAAUCUCUGCCAAGACACAGAACUUCACCCAUGUUUAAACAUAACCCUGCACCACCUUAAGCUCCCUUUUUCUUUCCCUUUCUCUGAGCAUGAGGUUUUUGACUUCUGCUUCAAACAGUAAACCACUAUUUCCUGCCUCCCAUGCAUGGUGAUCAUGUAUCUGCAACCUGAUCUGAAGGUCCAUUGGUGCACAAACCCAGAACAAAUACAUUCAGUUCCAGCCUGCACAAUGCUGAGAAAUAUGACGCUGGGAAACAGAGUACAGAGCUCCAAAUAAAAUCGUGCUGCACCCAAAGUCAUGCCCUGGGCUCAGUGGCUGCCAAACUCCAGUCUCCAUGAGGCUGUGCCCCAGAGCAGGCAGGGUUCAGCCUGCUUCGAUAUAUCCCACCACUCUGCUGGGUGCUUUUAUGCAGGAAGCCAGGGAGUCCCCUGGCUGCUUGCUUUCUGUGGUGCUGUCUUUGCUCACUUCCGUCAGCGCUGCCACAGAACUCCUGCUCUAAUGCUGCUGCUGGACUCAAUCUCACCUGGAAAUACUGCAACUGCAGCCCAGUGUUUCUAACAUUAUUCUUCCAUGCAGUUAGCUGCUAGCACUUGAAUCAUGUCAGCAUCACAGCACGUCCUAAAGAGAUCAUUUUUCAAGAUGUAAAUGUGGUCAGGGGCAGAAUUCCUAGUUCUCCUUCUUGUCCUUCACUUAUCUUUUUGUUUUGUGCCAGGGCCUCUUCUCUGCCAUCCAGUGAGCAGUGUCACAGCAGCCACAUUGGCCUACCUAAAAAGAGAUAAUUCUGUUUAAAAAAAAAACCCAAAUCCUCACAGCAGAUACAAGAUCACGGGUUUACCUGCUGAAAAGGGCAGCCACUUUCACUUCCAUUUGCCUUUUUGCUACACUCUUUUGAGCACCACUCAAGCCUCACGCUUCCUGUACUGCAAAGUUCCAUCUGGAAAUCCCACAAGGAUGAUACCUCUUGCAGAGAAGGGCUCUUAGGCCAGCAUCUGCCCCAUGUGCAGAAAGAUCCUACUGAUGCAAGGCAAAGUGGAGGAAAGGAAAGUACAUACUAUGCUGUGUCUGGGGAGCAAAACGAGCUCAGCAGGAAUGCUCCCCUGCUAAGUUUAAUCUAUACUUGGUUUCCAGGAGAGUAAACAGAACCAACACAGAGACCUUAAAGUUCAAAACAUUCAUAGUGCUGUUACUGAACUUCAUACCUUAGCGGCUCAAAGGGAAUUCCACAGAGAAAGCUUCAUUAAAAAACCUGUAAAUCACUGGGGUUCAUGGGGAAAAAAAAACAACCAGCAAAUUUUACUGCGUGGCAACUUCCAAACAAAAAAAUCCAGAAAGUCAAGGAGACAAAGCAAAGCAAGAAAUGCAUCUCUUUUUUUUGUUAAGGACACUCAAAAUCCAGAUAUUUAACUCCUGAUGAUUAAACCCCUCAAGUUGUUCACGUUGUUUUUAUGGCAUACGCCCAUGACUUCUGCACGAUAAUUGCAAAAUACAGAUAUAAAAACAGCCAUGAGGUACUUCUUUGCCUUGGUUUGUCUUCUGGCUAUGAACGAAGAGCAUUGCUAGAUUUUCUCAUUUAAGAAAAUAUAUGCCUAACCAACAGUCCUUGAAGCUCAGCAACCAGAACAACCCAAGAAGAUUAAACAGAACCCCUUCAUCUCAUGACAAAAGGAUAAGACUCCCUGAAAUCAAGUAAGUCCUACUGUGGUUUGGGCUUUGAUGCCAAAUCUAUGUAGAGAUCUCAGCUGGGGAACUUAAAUUCAAAAUGCACGCUUCCACAGAAGCACACACGUGUAUUUUAACGUGUAUGGAACAAGAUCUAAAUUUUAGCAAACAGAAAUUUGCUGCAGGGACCCUCUGCAUUGAAAAGGUCUCAUCCAGACCGUAAUAUAACAGAGGACACUCUCUCCUUGUACCUCCCCUGGAUCCAGUUCAGCUCCUCCUUACUGGCUUCAGGCUCUGCAAAUUACUCUGUUGAAGUACUCACUUGUGGGAUCACACCGAGAACCAAACUAUUGCAGUGUCUCUGGGAACAGCCCAAGCCCUUGAGAGAUCUAACCCACCUGACACUGAACUCAGGUCUCCCUGUCAUGCCAUCAACCACUACCUAUCAAGUACUGUGUCUAAGAGCUUAUCAUGGGGCUGGUAUCCCUAAACGUAUCGGCUUACUACAGCUUCUGUGAUGGGUGUGCAGUUUACUUGUUUUCUCAGUGAAGCAUCUGUUGAGCAGUACUUUCUCACAUGAUAAGUAAUUAAACUGCCAUUUAUGAAUGACAGAGUAUUGAGCACUGGAACAGGCUGCCCUGGGAGGUGGUGGAGUCUCCUUCUCUGGAGAUAUUUAAGACCCGCCUGGACGCCUACCUGUGUGACGUGGUGUAGGGAGCCUGCUUUGGCAGGGGGGUUGGACUCGAUGAUCUCUAGAGGUCCCUUCCAACCCCUACAAUUCUGUGAUUCUGUGUUUCCUCUUCAAGAACUAAACUCCAAGAACAGACCAGGUAACUGAAAGUCAUACCAAGAUUGUCCCCAACCCUAAAGGGCAGAGGUCCUAGAUGAUUCUCUAUGCACACACACACACUGACUCUUUAACAUAUGUUCUAAAUUCUUAUUUAGACGCAUAACAAAGAAAACAGCUGUGUUCUCACACCAGUUUCAAAUAAAAGGCCACUAACCUAAGCAAAGUGAGCUGCAGUGUUCCAGCAUAAUCGUCUUUACCAUAUGUGCAAGCAAUCAGAACUCUAAAGUCUGGUAAAGCACUCAAACACAGUCAUGAAAUUGGUGUGGCCCGACCACCUACUUACUAUUACAUUUGUUUCUCGAACCUGAGAUGCAUCAACUUAGUAACAUCUGCUUUUCUAGUGUACUCAAUUUCAUCAUAAUUUCCACUUUUAGGAAAUAACCUCUAUACUUCCUUCAAAAAAAGGGGAAGGGGCUGAAUAAAGGAAACCUAAAGUUUAAAAGGAACCUAAGUUCUCAUUUCUUGUAAGAAAUAAAUUAAGAACACAUGUAAAGAAUGGUACCAUUUAUGUUCUCCCUGCAGCACAUUUGCUUUGUGUCAUAUUCUGCCUAACAAGAUAACGCUAAUAAAUGACCAUUUAUUAAUGGUGUUCAA